GCUUUUGAUUUUUCCCGCUUACACGGGCCGGUUUAUUCUGAUGUAACUCGCACAUACGGUGCGAUUUAUUUUCAUAAACUCCGCCCUUUCCGCGUGCUGCAGCUUGCUUGAUCUUGCGUGCAGGAUCGACCCGACGACCGGGCGCAGCUCGCAUCUUGAGAUAUUCAUCCGCAUUAAUCGGGCCGAGCGCGAAUUUAAGAUUGACUGACAGAUUUCACUGUAGAGCAAUGAAGUAGGUGACAAGUCUUCUCCAGGAAAAGUGCAUAAUCUGUCUUCAAAGCCACCAUAUUUGGUUUUGAUGCGCACUGCGCCUGCUGCCGUUGCAGAGUGUUUGUUCAACUAGAUUAGCAAUGCAUUUUUGAACCCCGGUCUAACUAAUUUUCCACUUUUCAUAUUGCAGGUGGUUCGAACGGAAGUAACAGUGCAAAAGUAUAGAGUUUUAGACUGCGGUACUAAUCUUUAAUCUGAGUGGAGCAUAUUGAUUUCCAGUUGUUCACAUCUCGGCCAUCUUUUUAUGAACUAUAUUUCUGGAAUUAUAUGAUCCCAGCCCCAGGAAUUACGGAGAAUUUAAAACGGCGGUAUUUACAGCCAUCAAGAAAGCAGCGGUGAAAUAAUGUGAAAAUCAACGCUGUGGAACGGAAUGUAUUGUCCUGAGUGGGGCGUGUAUUCCACGGAACAGCUGCUAUUUCUAGGCAGCCAAGAUGGAAUUCCAGGGACGCAAAUUUUAAAUGCACUCCUAAUGCGGGCGAAACAUCCGUUCUCCGCUCCGGAAACAAGCGGAUAUUCCACGGUUCAGCUGCCAUUUCUAAGCAGCCAAGACGAAAUUCGAGGGACGCAAAUUCUAAAUGCAAUUCUAAUGCGGGCAAAGCAUCCUUUCUCCACUCCGGAAACAAGCGCAUUACGAUGCAACAUCGCGCAUACUCACCCGACCGAGCUACCAGUGCAACCGACUGCGGCACCAGGAUGGGAAAAUCGCUUCGAUGAAACAACGGUUGUUGCAGCAACGGCUGCAAGUGUCAAUUGUUGGGGCGGUUCGGUAUCGAUGUAUGACCCUGCGUUAGCCGGCUAUCCGUCAAAAUCCUCAGACCACGAUAAUCAUGGAGCUAGAACAAUUACAAACCAAGGUGCUGCUUUGCGCAUUCCGCGUCCCAAAAAAAGAAAGAAUCCACGGGUUAAACGUGAGCACGAUCAGACCGCACAAGAGGAUCUACCACCGCAGAACGCCGGAAGCAAAUUACUUGAUAGUUCCAGCGAUUCUCUGGGUAUUAUGCAGUGCAAAAAUAAACGCUCUACCGCAGACGAUGCCAAAGUAGGCCUGGAAGCAAUUGAAAGCCGGCGUGAAGCCCGGAGCGUUUCCAGAAAUAUUAUGGCAACGAAUAAUCUCGAAGCCAGCUUUAAAAUGAACAUACCGUCUGAAGAACGUUUCUCCGACGGCAGAAAGCAGAAGGAACAGAUUAUGGGAACCAGAUGCGAGGGAUUUGCUGCCACAAUACCGUUGCUUCAAUCAGGACAUGCGAUCACGAACAGCUGUAGUGGCAGAUAUCAGUGCCAAGCGUGCCAUUUAUCCUGGGACGACGAGGAAGCAUUCCUGCUACAUUUGGCUGGCAAAGAGCAUGUACAACUGUAUGGCACCGGGAUAUUUUUGUAUUGUACCGGAUGUCAGUUCAGAACCCGAAAACCCGCGAAGAUGGGCAGACACAUAUUUAAAUACCAAUCGCAAAGUGCGCUGCAGAACGGGGACCUUCAUUCUGUUAAAUUGAACGUUUUGUGAUAAACAUAGUGCGACUGUUCCCGGUGUUGCAGAUGCUGUAGGCGGCUGUUGCCAUUUACGACGCUUUUUAUUUCCGUCAUAUGUAUCAAAAUACACGUUUGCUGUAAAUCUUGCUAGCCAUAGCUUUGUGAAGGUAAUGUACAGUAACAACAAAUAUGUGAAUACAAGUCAAAGUAUAAUCGCUGCCGCUAAUCCUCCCAGCUGAUUA